GUCCGACGUGUCCAGCUGUAUAGCAUACGCAUACACUAUUCACUGGAAAAAAUGAGCUAUACGUACGCUACAGUGAAGCUAUAUAAACACCUUCGCCUCCAGCUCAUACACAAUACACAACUAUACACCUCAUUCCACCACCAAGCCCUAACCAACCAACCAACCAACCAACCAACCUUCAACACAACAAGCACACAACCACCCUCUCACCUCCUCCCUAUAACCCCAAACCCUCAACCCAACCCCAACCUCCAAAAAUGCACCUUCUAACCCUCCUCCUCCUCCUCCCCCUCACAACAACAAGAACAACAACAACCGCAACCCCCCUCCCAACUUCCCAAAUCAAACCCGCCAACGCCACAAUCCACAACGCAUGCCCCUUCCCCAUCUACCUAACGCCAGUCUCCUCGACGACACCCCCGGAAACCUGUCUGCCCCAAAACACCACCUGGACGGAACCCUACCGCCACGACGCGCAGACCGGCGGGAUCAGCCUGAAGCUCACCACCGUCCCGAACGGGCUGUACACGGGCGCGCCGCAGACCAUCUUCGCGUACAACUACCUCGAGCGGAUGGGCCAGGUGUGGUUCGAUCUGUCGGAUGUGUUUGGGGAUCCGUUCAGGGGGGUUCGGGUGCGGCUGGGGCCGAUGGGGCCGGGGAAUGGGAAUGGGACUGCACCGCCGCCACCGGGGAAUGCGUCGGAGAUGAUUGUGUGGGAGGAUGGGGUGCCGCCCCGGGGUAGUCAGGUGAGGGUUGUGGGGGCGGAGGUGGGGGUGGGGUUGGGGGUUUGUGUUUGA